GGACCCCACGGCUCCCACCACCACCUCCCUCCACGGCUCCACCACCCUCGCCCGCAGGCAGGCAGAGCCAGCCGGGCCAGCACAGCAGCAGCAGCCGCCAUGAUUCUACAUCUCCUUCCGACCCAGCAGAGCAGCCAAAGGUGACACCACGAGGCAAACAAACCCAGGCGUUCAGCUGCCUCUAGCUCCUUCCCCGCGCGCUGGCUGCCGCGAGAGCUGAGCUCGGUGGAAUCCAGCGGGGAGCACCGAACGCGCGCUGCCGCCUCGUUCGUGUUUGGGCAUCUCAAUUUGUUCCUGAUGGGGAACUGCGCCGGCGUGGAGGGGAACGCUGAGAUCAACCCUUCCUUCAGUGCCCCCAAUUCGUCAGGGACCGGUUCUAAAAACAGCAGCAAGAAUGCAACCGACACCAGCACCUUUGGUACCAAGACGUCCGGCUCGUCGUCGUCGGUGCCACCAACUCCCCGUACGGAGACAGAGAUCCUGGAGUCGUCGAAUGUUCGCAAGUUCACCUUCAGUGAGCUGAAAGGCUCCACAAGGAACUUCAGGCCGGACAGCCUGCUUGGGGAGGGAGGCUUUGGCUCUGUGUUCAAGGGAUGGAUGGAUGAGCGCACGCUUGCGCCUGUGAAACCGGGCACUGGGAUGAUUGUCGCCGUGAAGAAGCUCAAGCUCGACAGCUUCCAGGGGCACAGAGAAUGGCUGGCUGAGGUCAAUUACCUAGGGCAGUUAUCCCACCCUAAUCUUGUGAAACUUAUCGGCUACUGCUUGGAGGACGAACAACGGCUUCUUGUGUAUGAGUACAUGCCAAGAGGGAGCUUGGAGCAUCAUCUUUUCAGGAGUAGGCUCUCAACUCAAGUGUUCUUUUGUGAUAUCCCUUCAUUCUUGGUUUCUUGCUUUAUGAAAAGGACUGAAUGCCAUGAUAUUACAGGGAGCUCGAACUUCCAACCGCUCCCAUGGAACUUACGCAUCAAGGUUGCGCUUGAAGCUGCCAGAGGUCUUGCUUUCCUGCAUGGCGACCAGGCUAAAGUCAUUUACCGUGAUUUCAAGACCUCCAAUAUUCUUCUCGACUCGGAAUACAAUGCAAAAUUGGCUGAUUUCGGUUUGGCAAAAGACGGUCCAACUGGUGAUAAAAGUCAUGUUUCUACUAGGGUCAUGGGGACACAAGGAUAUGCUGCCCCUGAAUAUCUUGCGACAGGCCAUUUGACCGCAAAGAGCGAUGUGUACAGCUAUGGUGUUGUUCUUUUGGAGUUGCUGUCUGGGCAGCGUGCUCUGGACAAGAACCGUCCGCCUGGUCAGCACAAUCUGGUGGAGUGGGCUAGACCUUACAUCACCAACAAGAGGAGGGUCAUACAUGUCCUGGACUCACGGCUGGGUUCCCAGUGUUCCCUUCCUGCGGCUCAGAAGAUGGCAACCCUCGCACUGCAAUGCUUGUCGAUGGACGCACGAGGCAGGCCUGGCAUGGAUCAGGUUGUGACUGUAUUAGAAGAUCUUCAAGAAGCCAAGGGCUCAGUGAAAAAGCUGGCAAGUAAGUAGGGAGGAUUGCUGGCUACAGAUGUCCAUUACCUCUCUGGAGUCUGGAGCAUCCUCCUGUAAUAUUUUAUUAGGGGAGUAAAAACAGAGAAUGGAUGAGGAUUUGAAGGGCUAAGUAGCUUGUGAAGAGAAUAUAAUAUUGCCUUGCUUUGUGUACAGCUAGUUGCUUCGUCGUUGUAAGUUGGGUCUCUAGUACUUAUAUAUUUUGGUAGUCUUCGUUGUACCAGAGAUGCAAAAGGUAGUUUAUUUUGUCCCACUUCACCGAAUCACCGCGAAAUCCCAGUUGAAUUGAGACUGUUAA